AUGUCGGAUAGUCAAACGAAAGCAAAGCCAACAAAUCCCAAGUCUCCUCUAUCUGAACCAGGGGACGAUCAACAAGGUCUAUGGAAUUUCCUUAUUCAUGAAGGCCAAAAUAAGGAAAAACAGAUCAUACCCCGAGCCGAUCACUAUGUAGCUCAUGAUAGUGCGAACCGGCAUGAGUAUGUGACGCCGAGUCGUAGCAGUCCUCCCAGCACUAUUUCUAAGAAAGCUACCGAAGUGGCCCCUACGAAACCUACACAACCUCCUCCUGUUCCACAUGAGGUCCUUUUGAAACGGAGAGUUAAUGGCGUUUGGGAUUCGUGUCAUGCCAAUGAUCUUACCGUUCAUCUAGCAUUAUCCGCUCAGGAAGAUCUUGACGAAAGCCUUGAAGAGUUCUGCCGUCUUCAGAGGCUAGGCCAUUUUACCUCUGCCAGAGAAUUCUUUACUGAAAAUCUACGCGAGCACAUGGAAAGACCCCAAGUUCUGAUUGGAUAUGCCGAAUUGUUGCUGGAACAAGGCGAUUAUAAUACUCUGUCUGAGAUAGAUGAUGGCACCAUGUGUCAUGCAUGUGACAGCCUUGUGGACGGUGAUGAUAGACGACUGCUUACGAUAUAUUGGAAACUGAUAAAGGUGCUCUCUGUUCACUAUAAGCCUGAUAGACCCCGUGUAUUUUCGACGAAACGCGAAGUUAUUGAAGCAGCUGUCGAUGAAUUUCACGCCGUGGUAACCGCCAACAAAGGAAGUAUAACUUCGACUGAGGUCAAAAUACUUGCUCUGUUUUAUCGCCUGUGUAGUUUCAUAGACGAUUCUGCAAUACCCCAGCGCCUUCAGGAAGUAUUUCCGCCGGAAUUUCAUGAAGGGUUAUAUGUAGCCCUCCUCCGGGAUGGCCGCGUAUGGGAUCUUCGUGAUAUUGCCGUAGCGGGCAUUUCCUCACGUGUCGGUGCCACCGAAUAUUGGGGAAACACCCGUAAAUUCAUUAAAGAUUGGUCAAGAAUGACUACUGAUACAUCGACAACGCUUGCGCUUCUCGAUAUUCUUGUAUCUCAAAUAGUCUACGAACUCGAACACUCAACGGGAGCUGAUGACAGCCUUGAGACCAUAAUGAGACAAUCUGAACCACUUGCACUUUCGAUCAUAGAAAACGACCCCGAAAAUAUGAAAAGUCGGUCAUUCAUGAGAUGGAUGUUGGCAAAGGCCCAAUCUAUUGAUGUUAAAGGUCCCCAUUACGCCCGCUCAUAUGGGGAACAGCUUCAGUCAUGGCCGGGUCUGGUAUUCCAUUCGAGAAGGCUUCAAUUGCCUCAAUACGUACCCUUGCAAGGUGAGAAUCCGGGUUGGAAGGUGAAUAGUGCAGCACCCAGGUUUGAACGUCCUGUCAGGUUGGCAAGGAAAAUCUCAAAAGAACUUGGCGACUACCAAACCGAAGUUAUAGCCUUGCAAAGACUUAUUUUAUUGUCUGCAAACCCAGAUGAAGAAUUCGAAGAACUUUGCAAUCUACAAAGUCUUACUCAAGGGGAUGUUUGCGGCUAUUCGAAAACGUUGGUAUCAAAAUACUUGAUAUCCAAUACCGAUGACUUAAAGCAAGACUUGAAGCUGGACAUCUCCAGACUUUUCGACAUCCCCCACUUCUCUGAUUCUAUAUCCAUGCUGGAUUCGUGGAUACUCAAUAUGUUGCAGUACUGCCUAGAAGGCGAAGGGCCAGCGGCUCAACAAGCCCUAGAGGGAGCUGACGAGGAUUACCAAGAUCUUCCAUGGGCAUUCCGAGUAAAAAUUGAUAAAAAGUUUCCAACCAUCCAAGGGCGUGUUGGUCGACUCAUGCACCGUUCACCAUCGCCUAAGCUUGAAUCACGGUUUAACAGACAAAGACAGGAGAGACAAGGUACGAGAGAAGAACCGGAGGUUGUGUAUUGUGGCCCAAGCGAGGACAAAAAACACCCAACGACUAAAGAAAAUGAUGACUUGGGGCAGAAAAAGGAUGGAAAAGGCAUGGAAUUGACUAGACUCCAUCCAACCCGUCGAAUUUCGAGCCCUAAAUCAUCCGAGGAAGAUGAAUGGGUUGAUGAUUCCUAUGAAAGCGAAGAUUGGAUGACCAAAACGUACGCUCCGAAAACGAGUCCAGCAAAGAGACCAACGGCAGCUUCCCAUGGAGAGCGGCGCUCUGUAAGUUUCCUCCCUCGGUCUCGGAAAGGUGGCCCAGGUUUGGCUCCGGGGGAAUCACCCUUAUCAACAUCCCGUGCCACCACGAGUAUUUUUGAUCAGUCUAAAGAAGGGUCUGGGAUAGCAAUCUCGAGUAACCAGUCGACAAAACCGAAUAGUCCCAUAAGCCAAAGUAGAUAUAAGCAAAGUGCUGUGUCUGGCCAAGGCGAAGAAGUCAAGCAGCUAGACACGCUAGACAAGUCGGAGUUAAUAGAGUAUCUUCAAAAUAAGCGCCCGAAUAUACGGAUGUUCGGAUCCUCCCCGAAGAUCAUAUCGGCAGAGAGGCGCAACGCGGACACAGAGCGUGAGAAACACCAGCGCAGGGGAAAGGCAGUUGUGUUUACCAAAGAAUCUGAAAGUAGCCAUCCAUUUACAGUUAAUGAGAAGCUAGAGGUGAAGGAGGAAGGAUAUAAGGAACAUGACCGGGCCACUGUUGACGAUAUUGAGAACAAGGGCCUGGAACCUCAGGGUCAGAGCCACAAAGCUGACAAUGAACAGACAAAUGAAGAAAAGGAAACCCACGCUCAAGAAGCUGUUGAAGAUGUGAAACAGAAGGAUAAAGCGCGCACACACGAAGACGAGGAGCCCCAAAUCCUUGAAGCGGGCCCGGCGGUAGCUACUGUUGAGAGUACGGAAGACCUUGGGGAGAACAGGGAGGGAACUACGUCGCCUACCAUUGAGAUUGUUGAUUAA